AUGAAGCUCACUACGAUCUCGGCCGCACUGUCGGCCGUCUCCUUGGCCCAUGGAGCAGAAGCCUUGGAAAGAUACCGUCGAGCACGACGUCAGCUACCUGACCUUCCUCUAUCAGUGACGACGCCCCUUCCUUUGCCAGUGACCACAACCAGGACCACGUCUGGGAGUACCACUGCUGCUGGCACAACAACAACGAGCGCUCAACAAGCAGGAGGUGUCCCAGUGAUCACGAUUGGCGGGGUGCCCAGUGUCGAGGUACCACCAGUCUCCUCAUCUGGCUCUUCAAGUUCCUCCGCGCCAGCAGCAGGUGUCCCGGUGCUUACAAUUGGGGGGCUUCCCAGUGUAGCAACGCCAUCAGUCUCCAUUCCUGGCACUUCUGCCGUAUCUCAACCAGCAGCAGGCGUGCCAGUACUCACGAUCGGCGCAGUGCCCAGCGUAGCGACUCCAUCGAUCUCCUUGCCUGGAGUGCCCAGCGUCGCAACACCUUCGGUCGCCCUACCCGCCUCGCUCAGCUCCGUACAGCUACCAGCAGGCGUCUCGGUAGUGACAGUUGGCGGAGUGCCAAGCGUGGCGGUACCAUCGGUCUCCUUGCCUGUCUCCGGAGUGCCCAGCGUAGCGAUUCCAUCGGUCUCUUUGCCUGUCACCCCCAGCCUUCAGUCUGUCUCUGUGGUUGUCCUUUCAGGCGCCGCAACACAGUUCGCCAGUACGCAGACAUUGGUUACUGGCGGGCAGGCAUCGAUGGUUACCAUUCCGGUAGUAUCGGUCCCUGCUGGAGCUGCUGCAGCGUCGACCACCGUCUCUACCGCAACAGUCACCGUUUUGACGGCUGGCAACAACGCUGGCAGCUCCAGCAGCGCUGCAUCUAGCUCCGGCUCUGCCUCCCAGUCCAGCUCCGCAUCGGGUUCUAACUCUGCAUCCAGCGCAAGCUCUGCUGGCAUCGCGGCAGUCAGUGCUAGUUCGGCCUCCGCAGCAUCGACAACUUCUUCCGGCUCUCUCGCUGCCGUUGCGGCUAGCACUUCGGUCUCAACGAUCAGGCAGACAGUCCAGGCUACUGUGACGGUGACUGAGAAGCUCCCUGGAGGCGGCCACACGACAUAUGGCAAGCCAACAACCUACGUGGUAUCAUCGGCGCAUACAUACCACGAAACGCAUAGUGCAUCGCCCUACGGCCAUCACUCCUCAGGCUAUGGCCAUCAUACUUCUUCCAGCAACCGUGAUACCCACCACACUUGGCCAAUAGAGUAUGAGCCUCAUCACCCUAUAGCAACUCACAACACUUGGCCACCAGAGCAUACUGAACCUAAUCACUCUUCCUCAUCUCACCACGAGCCUCAGCCAACUGAGGCGCCCGAGACCCCACCAGUCGAAGAGCCUGAGCAACCACCUGUGGAAGAACCUGAGCAACCGGCAGUAGAGCAGCCUGAAACUCCACCUGAGGAAAGCCAGCCUGGUGAGGGAAAUCCUGCAUCUCCUGGUAUUGACGAUCUUCUUCACCACAAACGUGAUGCUGUUGCUCAAUCCACACAAUCUUGCCCAGCCCCUGGCUCUUAUGAUAGCCAAGGCCGCUAUAGCUGUAACCCAGCUCAUCAGUACCCAGCUGGUCAAAUCUGCGACCUUGUGGAUGGAUGCUACUUUCUUCGACAGCCUGGUCCUGGCGUCUCUGCGACCGCAUCUUCAUACGGGUCGAGCUCGACUGGUUGUCCAGCUCCUGGCUCUCGCGACAGCCAAGGCCGCUACAGCUGCAACCCAGCCCAUCAGUACCCAGCUGGCCAGAUCUGUGAUCUUGCAGAUGGCUGCUACUUCCUUCGACAGCCAGGUCCUGGCGUCUCGGUGACGGCGACUUCAUCUGGAUCGAGCUCCACCGGCACGGCUGGCAGCAACCCACGAUGUGACAAUCUCUUCGAUCAAUGUCGCGGCGCACCAGAUGCAAACCGUGCUUUCUGUGCAUCGCAAUACGCCGAAUGCCUGGGAUACAAUCCAUUCACGGAGAACGGAAGCAGCUCGACUUCUUCAAAGGCUACAGGUACGCAAGGCAAUGGAUAUGGAGCAGCAACCACGACACAGGCCAAAUCUAGCACUUCCAAGGCAAAGAGCUCUGCCCCAGGGUACGGGAUUGUCCCGGUGUACGGAACUGCCCCAGUGUCAUCAGGCUACGCACGACCAAGCUCGUCUGCUCCUCACUACGGACCGCCUGUGGUAACGUCCCAGACCUACAAAACCCAAUCUGUACCAUACCCAAGCGUUCAGAAGAACACGACUGCGCCGUCCUAUCCAACAACGAUGCAGACUUACCGCAUGCCAAACACCACUGCACCGCCGCCGGUCAUGACUUCUCCAGCCAAGAACCAGACAACUCCAGUGCAGACUUAUCCAGUGCCGACCAAUCCGGUGCAGACCUUGCCGCCUUCACCACCAAAGCCUUCGACUCCAUACCCGAACGGCACAGUCACCCAGCCGGCGCCUACCUACCCCGCUCAGUCAUCGGUCACACCUCCCGUUGAGACUCAUCCAGUACAACCGCCUGUCGAGACUUAUCCCGUGCAACCGCCUGUCGAGACCCACCCUGUGCAGCCGCCCGUCGAGACCCAUCCAGUGCAACCACCCGUCCAGACUUACCCUCCAGCACCAAGUCAACCCCCUGUUGAAACCCAUCCCGCGCAGCCCCCGCCCACGCAGCCAACGUAUCCCGUCCAACCUCCGGCCUCUUCGCCGCCAACUUAUGCACCACCGGCUCCGAGCACGACGUCAUAUACGGGCACUGCUAGCAAGAAGAUGGCAUCUUCACUAGCACUCGUGGCGGUUGUGUUUGCCUUCUUCUUCUAG